ACAACACGUAUUAGUAACAAUGUUUGAAUAGGUUUGCGUUGAAGCGAAAUUACGGGCUCGUUGAAGCGCACAGUAAUUUGAGAUGCACUUCCUCUUCAUCCUUCUGAGAAGCGAUUAUGUAAAUCGCGUGCGACACGAGACGACAGCCCUAGCGCGUACACUCCUACCUACGGACCUAUUAAGUUGUAUCGGCACAAUAGUGUCGUAGUGUGAUAGGUCUUUAUGGACGGGAAGGCAGUAUAGAGCGGCGAUAGGUGCGCGCGCAGGGCGGCGGGCGCGGCGCGCCGUCAGUCCGGCCGCCCCCGCCGCUCGCUCCGGUCCCGGCGCCGCCGGGUGCUGUGCCGGAUGCCGCUGCCGGCCGCCGCCUGCGAUGGUCCACGCCGGGCCGGUGCGCGCUCCUACCCGCGCUAUGUUCACCGCCGCUGAGACCAAGCCGCGCCGCGCCGUCUCCCCGCUCGGUAUCCCUAAAUCCCCUUCGUUCCAUUCGGGACUCGAUCUGGUCGCUAGCCAGACUACCAAGCGCUCCGAGAGCGUAUCCGACGUAGCUCGUGCGUUCCGUUUUGCGCUGUUCUCCGGAGGCAUGGAGGCCCCGGGUCCGCCGCAGAAGGCGCCGUCGCCGCCGGGCGCGCGCAGCCCGCCCGCGGCUGCGAUCACGCCCGAGCGGCUCGCCGUGCCCGCUGAUAAAGAGAGCCUCAUGGUUCAAUUGCCCAUUCUUAAAGAUGCGCCAGCCGCCGAACGCGAGCAGCUCUUCGUACAGAAGCUGCGACAGUGCUGCUUGCUCUUCGAUUUCGCUGACGAGCCCCUCUCAGACUUAAAGUGGAAGGAGGUUAAGCGCGCCGCGCUGCUAGAGAUGGUGGAAUAUGUCACGUCGCAGAGGGGAGUCGUCACAGAGGCGAUAUACCCCGAGGCGGUCAAUAUGUUUGCCAUAAACCUCUUCCGAACACUGCCGCCGUCGUCCAACCCCAACGGCGCAGAGUUCGACCCCGAAGAGGAUGAACCCACACUCGAGGCAGCCUGGCCACAUCUACAGCUAGUCUACGAGCUGUUCCUGAGGCUGCUGGAGUCUCCAGACUUCCAGCCUAAUGUAGCGAAGAAAUAUAUUGACCAGAAGUUUGUGCUAUCGUUGCUAGACCUGUUCGAUUCGGAGGACCCCCGCGAGCGGGACUUUCUGAAGACGACGCUGCACCGGAUAUAUGGCAAGUUCCUAGUGCUGCGCGCGUACAUACGGAAACAGAUCAACAACGUGUUUUAUAGGUUUAUAUAUGAGACAGAGCACCAUAACGGAAUAGCCGAAUUAUUGGAGAUCCUCGGCUCCAUCAUCAACGGUUUCGCGUUGCCGUUGAAGGAAGAACACAAAAUGUUCUUACUUAGGGUGUUGCUGCCGCUGCACAAGGCGAAGUCCCUGUCUGUCUACCACCCGCAGCUAGCUUACUGCGUAGUACAAUUCCUGGAGAAGGACCCGUCUUUAACACAACCCGUAGUUAGGGCAUUAUUAAAAUACUGGCCAAAGACGCACUCGCCCAAAGAGGUGAUGUUCUUGAACGAAAUGGAAGAGAUUCUCGACGUGAUCGAGCCCGCGGAGUUCCAGAAAAUCAUGGACCCGCUCUUCAGGCAGCUCGCUAAGUGCGUCUCCAGUCCGCACUUCCAAGUGGCAGAACGCGCCCUAUACUACUGGAACAACGAGUACAUAAUGUCCCUGAUCUCGGACAACGCGCACCACAUCCUGCCCAUCAUGUUCCCGUCGCUGUACCGCAACACCAAGAGCCACUGGAACAAGACCAUCCACGGGCUCGUCUACAACGCGCUCAAGCUCUUCAUGGAGAUGAACCAGAAGCUCUUCGACGAGUGCACGCAGCAGUACAAGCAGGAGAAGCACAAAGAGCGCGAGCGCCUCCUGCAGCGGGAGGAGAUGUGGCAGCGCCUCGAGGCCCGCGCCGCCUCCGCGCCUGCGCCGCCCGCGCCGCGCCGCGACCACAUACAGUUCGCUGAUGAUGCGCCCGACCUCAGCUACACCAACAUCGAGAGGGAAGCCGCGCAGGCUCGCAAACAAGGUCUAACCACAGCCAAGCCAGCGCCCCUGCUCCGCAAGAAAUCGGAGCUACCCGCCGACUCCAGCACCGUGGCGGCGCUGAUUCAACAUCAGCGCGCCGACCAGUACCUGAGUACGCCGCCAGAUCCUGAUCAAUGCUAGCGGAAAUUAAUUACGACAAAACGGGCACCAACGCUCCCCAGCCCUUCUAAAAAGUGAUCUCGCGAUCACCACGGUGGCGGACAGUGGCCAAUGAUCACAACGAUCAAUGAUCAUCGGAACAGUGAUCAAUCGUCGGAACAGUGACAGCGACAGGACGCUCUAGUGACUACGCCUUGUGGUAUAUAUUGAAACUGAACGGCGGUGAAACAACCCUCCUCGCUUCGGUCGUCGUCGUAUCUCAGCUAAAUAAGACUAUGGAUCGGUCUGCAACGAAACAUCUAGGUAGAAAAUACACUUGCAGCAGAAUUUCUAUGACUUUGUAAAAGAUGUGCGUAGGUAGAACAUAAAUCAAAAUCUUUUUUGAGUUUUAGUUCAAAUCAAAUAAUUAAAUUAAAGUAAAACGUAUGAAGCUCCGUAUUUCACGGAAUUCUGAGAGUGGAUUUGUGCAAUUUUGAUAAAAAUGUAAGUGCUUGUUGAGAAUUUCUACAAAACUGCUAGUAAUUUAAAAAUGCUAGUAAAAUCUCACGUUAAUAAGACGAACUAAACUUUUACUGCUGCAUAUUUGAUACGACAAAACUCAAAGAAUAUGAAUAAUAUCAAAGAUUUCCUAAAAGGUGUUUUUAAGUCUAUCAGUAAAACGCCUAAAGGCGCAAUGUCAUUAGUCGAGAGGGCCCGCAUGCGGGGUACGAGAGAUUUCUGGAACGCGUGCCACAGGGCCCGCAUUCGGGGAAACGUCAUUAGUCGAUAGGGUGCGAAUUCGGGAUACGAGAGAUUUCUGGAACGCAUGCCACAGAAUUUAAUUAAA